AUGAAAGGAUUAAUAUGGCCGUCUAAGAAUAAGAAAAAUUCUGGCCAUGGAUCCAAUCCUCCGACGAGUACCUCUUCAUUGGGGCGAUCAAAAAAAAUAGCUUCAACUAGGUCAUUGUCACCUUCAGCUUCAUCUCUACUGGUUAACAAGAGUCAUGCUGCUCCUAGUGUAGCGCAGAGCGGUCCAUUGGGCGGCAAUGAGUAUCAAGGCGACAGUAGUAACAGACGUAAGAGUUCAGCCAAUUUGUCGCUGAAAAGUUACACCAAUUCGAAUCCGAGUAAUCGUCGAGCCUCUAGAAGUAUCUAUAUGUCGGAAUCUCAUAGUAAAUCGGUGAAAAGUGUUAGUUCGUUGAAUCAUAAAGGGGAAGAAUCCUCUAUUCGCUCAAAUGGUUCGGGCAAUCACGGCGUAACAUCUGGGUCUGACACAGACGUCAUUUUGGAUGAAUUUGAUAAUGGGAGCCAGAGCGAAACAUUUAUGAGAGAGUCUCUAAAUGCCACACUAGUGAGUGGCACUUCUAAUUCCGAGAAAAGAAUAUACAACGAGCACUCCGUCGGAACCGCCGUCAAGGCAGUCGAGUCUAGAAUCAGCUUGAACAGGGAUAAUUACGAUACUGUGGUGUUUAAAACAGGAUGGAUUAACAGAUCACAAGGUACAAGUCAUAUUUCGGCCUCAUCAUCGACACAUCAAUUAAGGUCGGGAUUGUACUCCAGCAGUGGGGGCAGCCAUAGGGAGAGUAGAUUCUUUCAUGAUGCUUCAGAACCUCAAAUCACCGUUCCAGAGUAUCGCAUUUACCGUGCGCAACUGAAAGGUCCCAUAUUGAACCUUUACAGAAGUGGAUUACCAACUAAUGUAAAGUUUUUUGACCCAACAAUUGGAGGGUCCCUAGAUGAGACCCCCGUAUUAACACCUGCAAGCAGUUCCACGGAGACUUUAACUAAACAAAUAAAUCCACAAGAAGCAGAGCCUCCUAUGAUAGAAUAUCUGAGCGAAAAAUACCCUCACCCAGGAUUGAAACUGAAUAAUGAGAGAAAGAUUGUCGCCGGUGACGUGGAAAGCUUGUGUCAUGCCAUUCUGUUUGCACAUCCUGAAGCAGGUGAAGAUGACCUGAAAAAUCAAAAAGCUAUCAUUAACCUCAUACUAGUAUUACCAUUGCUAGAUCAUUUUAACAAAUUUCUGCGAAUGUUCAAUCAGUUUGGCUUGACAUUCACGAAGCAUUCAUCAAAAGUGACAAGUAAGUCUCUCCAGUAUCACGGCGUAUCUCCUUCAAUUGAUAAUUUAAUGACUGAAAGACUCGGACUCGUGGUAAAGACUAUUCUCGAUAUGUUUCCCAGUUUCUUACUGGAUGAUCUAAUGUUCCAGGAGAUAAUACAUCUCUUAGAUGUAAUCUCAUUGCAUAACGAUGAAAUUUCGAAUAACCUCAAGAUGGCGGUAGCUGACAAACAUAAUGAGUUGAAUAGAAUUACGGCAUUCAGCAAACCCAAUAAUUUCAACGGCAGCAGACCUAAGGAAGCUAAGCUCGAAUCGAAGAAACUUCUUGAUGAGAUUUUAAACGCUGAAGAGUUUCUAAAGACCGAUAUCGAUAGUUUGGCCACUGAAAUUCAUGAGAUAAAUUUAAAGUUUGACCGGUCGUGGGCUCCUCGUUUCGACUAUUCUCUGCUUUACGAUUCCAAAUACAUCAACACCAAUAUUGUCGCAUUGAAUCCUCUUACUUUUAACAAUAAAGUGAAUGUGCAUUUCCUUGGUAGGUUACUGGUCUGUCAUCUCUUCUCAGACGAUCAGAAGGUCUCUUCUGAUCCUAAAAUGCGUGCCAAAAUUCUGACUAAGUGGGUGGAGUUUGGUAUCAAAUUUGAGCACUUAGGUGACAUGGUUUCGUGGCUAGCUGUUGCUACUAUUAUCUGCUCUGUGCCUAUACUGAGAUUGGAAUCUCUAUGGACUCAAAUUCCCGAGAACAUUCUGAAGACCAUUUUCAAAGAUUGGCUCCCAACUAUUGCUCAACUGGAUAGAAGACAUCUGUCAUCUAAAUCAACCAGUAGUGUUUUUAUCUUGGCCCCACCCAAUUUGGAUAACCCGUUCAUCAAGUCCAAUGUCAUUUCAUACUUUGGAGAUCUUAUUAUUCAUGCUGAUGAUCUGACCGCCGAGACAAAGCUCAAAUACUUGGAAAGAAAGAUCAAUCGAACAAAGAAUGCAUUUCACAAAUGGCAACAACGUCUGGGGACCAGCGAUACUCGUGGAAACGAUUCUGGGCAAAGCAUAAACGACAUUAAACCGGAAACAAGCAGAAUAUACCAAUUUUGGAAGUUUCACCUUGACCAGCAAAACCUGAGCAUGGAAGAUAUAAUGAAGUUGAGUAUCCAAUCUGAAACUCCGAAAGUGGACCAGAUUUUUUACUCCAACAUAGGAAGUCAAAGAAGCCCAUUAUCCACAGGAGGUUACCUGCCACUUUUAUUCAACGACAUAUAUCCAAGUUAUUCUAUUUUUCCUCAGAAAUCUUUGAUUGGUGCGGCUGGUGCUUCAGAAGCAUCACAACAAUCGAGAGAGUCAAUGAAUCAAUCCAAAUCAUCUCUGCGCCGUUCAACGGCUUUUGCCGCCGAUGAUCUACCGUCAAGAACAUCAAGCCUUUCAGUUUCGGAUCCGUUGGAUUUAAGUCAAAUAACUGGCUUAGCUAAUAUCGAUGCGCCUCUGAUCAAGGAAAUCUCUAUUAAACAAUCCAAUAGGCAACAUAUGCUCAAGUGCAUUCGCGAUGCUUUCAACAUUGACAGCGACGUGUUCCAUGUCUCCGAUGAUCUAGUAUUCAAAUCUUUAAAUGAUCUGGAAGCAACAUCACGGCCUUCAAGUGUGGUCAUAGAAACACCAAAACGAUUUUCUCAGCAUUCCUCAAGUAAUGGUACUAUGCCAAAUCCGCGCGACUCACAAGAUGCCUCUAACCGAUUGAGCAGAACGCUCGAAAAUUUGGAUUUCUUCAACAAUAUCGUGACGGUUUCCGAUCCUCUGAAAGAGUCUCUCAUUGAAGUUGCCCUCAAAUCGGGAUCUUUGGACAAGAUUUACGAUCUGCUAGUCUUGACUGCCAGCAUUUUUUCCAAGUUGAUAGACACCAAGGAUCUUGAAAGAUAUUACUAUCAUAAGAGGCACAGAAACUUGCGUCAAAGUGCUCCUCUGAGUGAUGACACAAUAGGGCUUCUUGACUAUGCCUUUGUGAAAUUGACAAUGGACAUGGACGUUUUCACAGAAACUUUUUUUAAUUCUUACAAGAGCUUUGCAACAACGACAUCAGUCAUUGAAAAUUUAGCUAAAAGGUACAUUGGAGCAAAAAGCUGUGCUUGUACAAUUUCACAAUUCCUGAAUAGCGAUUCUAGGAAGAAUGAUGGAGCGUUAAAUGACGCCAAAUUCCCUGUGUGGGAUGCUAAAGUUUUGCAUGACGAAGUCAAUACUAUAUUCUGGGCCAAAAUACAAAUCGGGGCCGCAGAGGCAAUUUCGAACCUUGUGAAGCACCAUUAUGCUGACUUCACAGAUAAUCUAACUGCCAAUUCCACACUUCAAGAUUUUCUGAAAGUUAUGGAACAGGAUGUGACCGCAGAGUGGCCCAUUAGAUCAAUCCAGCUCAAGCAGAAAAAUAUUGAAGAUCAUUCUGAGGUAGAGAACCUGAUCUCAAGACUAUUGGAACUGUUCAACGAAAUAAGAACGUCUUAUCAAAAGCAGCUUUACAGGCCAUUGGGUAUAGACAGAACUUCCAGAAAAGUUACCGGUUUACUUAGCUCCUUUCACAAAAUGUCACUCACAGAUUUUAACAGCUACCUAACUUCUAACGAUUACGAAGAUCCUAUGAUUACACAUUUGCAUACGAUGAAAGUUAAUGACUACGAAGGAAUAAUGAAAUGGGUAUACUCAUUAGAUUCCUUUAUUACAAAGAAGUUCGAAAUGGUCAGCAAAAAAGACUGGUUUGCAACGUUCCAGAUCCUAGAGCUCUUUUCAUAUGAGUCACUUACCUCUUUAUUUUGUCUACCGUUGCACUCGACAUCCUAUAAUAUCGUGACGUCUGGAACAUCUCAAUUAGAUGAUCUCGAGAUCUCGAACGUUUUCUCUUGGUUAGUCAACUCGGUGACAAAUACAGGUAAUAGCAAAAUGCCAUUGCUGGACAAAUUGCCAGCGUCCGUCAAACUUUUGAUCCAAUUACAUGUUUCCCUGACAAAUUUCUUCAUGGUUGAAAUAACAGACCUUUGGAAGUCGUCAGAGGACCGUAUUCAAACUUGCGCUAUUGUGUUACAGAUGCUGAGCUAUGUGCGAUGGAAAAACUCAUCGGUGGACUUGUUCCAGCCCGAAGAAGAAAAAGGUCAGGAUAUCACAUCUCCACAUAUACCAUGCUACAUCGAGACAGCCAUCACCAACGCAAUUGUGUCACCAGAGUCCAGGUAUUAUGAACAUGCUUGGAGCGCAUGUCACAAUGUGCUUUCAUCUUCAAAAAGCUCUUCCCCUACUACUAUCAGCUCCAUCUUAGCCAACGCUGACGAUCAAACAAUCAAGUCAUUCAUUGAUUUGGAUGGAGCUUACACAGCGAGGUCCAGAAACCUUUGUCCUUGCCCUGGGUGGUUUAUUUCACGCCUUUUAGAAAUAUCUCAGUUCGUUCCCAAUAUGAGCAUAAUGAAUUCAAAACUGAUAAAUUUUGACAAGCGAAGAUUUGUCAACAAUAUCAUUUCCAAUACCUUAGAUCUUGUUCCUUCACCAGAGGAUGGGCUGGUAGAUGAAAGUCGGGCUCCCUUUGGCAUUGCUUUGUUUCAGACUUUGCUUGACUCGGGGAAGAAGUUUAAACGUACUACAAGAUCUCAUGCUAUUUCAGAGAGUAAAGCAAUGAAGUAUCAAGAAAGAGGGCUCUUUAACGAGAUCUUAAUCAAAGAGGUUGAGAAGAUCAAGCGUGACCAUAAAAAGAUAGAGAUGUUAGGUGCGCUAGACCGAGAUAACAAGAGAUCAGCCAUCGUUCAGCAGAUGAUUCAACGAAAGCACAGGAGCUCCGUCGUUAUUCCGAACCUGCAGAUGAAUUCACAAGGAUCUGCCGGUUCUUCCACCUCGUUCUCUUCAAUGGGAUCAUCGAAUACUAUCUCAGGUUCAGCGAAAGAUAAGAGAAGUUCAAUGGCUAUCGGUAACGUAAGAAACUCGGUGAUAUCCAAUUCCGGUCACACACAUAUGGGUAAGAAGCUGGGAGGUUUCUUCAAGAGACCUUUCUCGAUAGGAGGAUUCAACUCAUCAGCAUCCAAUAGCUCACUGAGUAGCAUUUUAAUACCUGGAGUCCAAGAUGAUGGAUCAGUAUCCCCAGAAAAUCUGCCUGCGCUAGAUCCUUCGGUGAUGCAAGAUCAGAAGUCCGCGAUUUCGAUCCGAACUUUCGAGAUUAAAUCUAUUUUAGAGGCCAUAAAUCACAGUGGAAGCUCGGCACAUUCAUUCUCAUUUAAGAUAUUGAUGCAGGAUGGUCAUGAGCAUUUAUUUCAGGCAACAAGCGCUAACGAUCUUGAUGAAUGGAUGAGAAUGAUAAAUGCAUCUAAAAGAUACGCGUUCCACUCGAAAAAGUUCAAGGGGAAAACACACAAUAAAAUGUUUGGUGUACCACUAGAGGACGUUUGUGAAAGGGAGGGUACUUUGAUUCCUACAAUCAUCGUCAAGCUGCUCGACGAAAUCGAAAUGCGAGGACUUGAUGAAGUUGGUCUCUACAGAAUACCAGGUUCUGUGGGAAGCGUAAAUGCAUUAAAAAAUGCUUUUGACGAAGAGGGCGCAGUUGGUAAUUCUUUCACAUUAGAGGAUGAUAGAUGGUUCGAAAUCAAUGCAAUCGCAGGUUGUUUCAAGAUGUAUCUACGAGAGCUACCUGAUUGCUUAUUCUCGAACGAAAAAGUGGCUGAUUUUGCCGAGUUGGCACUGAAACUUAAGACGUCACAAAUUACCAUGGAAGAAUAUAAGACAAGAAUGGUGGAAUACUUACAAAAUUUGCCUCCUUGCUAUUACCAAACACUGAAGCGAAUCUUUCAUCAUCUACACAAAGUCCAUACACAUAUGGACAGCAACCGUAUGGAUGCAUCAAACUUAGCAAUUGUUUUUUCAAUGAGCUUCAUCAAUCAAGAUGACUUGGCUAGCAGCAUGGGCCCAACCCUGGGAGCCGUUCAAAGUAUACUACAGAACUUUAUCAAGCAUCCAAAUGAUUACUUUAUUGCCUAA